AUGGUUCUCAUCUGGACUCAGUUUGGUGUCAAGCACAAAAAUGUCAAUGUCAAGUGCAAAGUGCGAGUUAUGCACAGAGGUGACAGCUCAGGAUCAUCAUCAUCAGCGGAAAGCACCAGGUCUGAGCCAGACACACCCUGCCUGUCGAUCAAACCCUCAGGCAAGGACUUCUACAAGAUCUUGGGUGUGUUACCAGACUCCAAUGAAGACGAGAUCAAGAAGGCCUACAGGAAGAUGGCUCUCAAGUUCCACCCAGACAAGAACAGCGACGCUGAUGCUGAGGACAAGUUCAAAGAGAUCGCAGAAGCCUACGAGAUCUUGACUGACCCCAAAAAGAGAGGCAUAUAUGACCAGUUCGGAGAAGAAGGCCUUAAAAAUGGAAUGUCUAUGGCUGGCCCAGGCAGCGUUUUUCGCAAUAAUUUCCACGGUGAUCCCCAUGCCACCUUCUCCUCCUUCUUCCAUGGCUCCGAUCAUUUCGACAUCUUCUUUGGCCCUGACACUGAUGGCGACGAUGACCUCUUCAACCCCUUUCGAAGGUUCCCCUUCAGCCAUGUGGGCGGGUCCACCGGCAGUGAGGGCGGGCUGCGAAGAGGCCAGCGGCGCCUACAGGGCAAGGCAGUGGUGCACAAUCUCCUGGUGACCCUAGAAGAGGUGUUGCACGGCUGCACCAAGCACGUGAAGAUCACCCGCAGCCGCCUCAACCCUGACAGCCGCAGCCUGCGAUCUGAAGACAAGAUGCUAAAUGUGGUGGUAAAGAAAGGCUGGAAAGCAGGGACCAAGAUCACCUUCCCUAGGGAGGGAGACGAGACACCCAACAACACCCCUGCAGACAUCACCUUCAUUCUCAGGGACAAGGAGCACACCCAGUACAAGAGAGAUGGCUCCAACAUCGUUUACAAGGCCAAAAUCACCCUCAAAGAGGCUCUAUGUGGCUGCACAGUUAACGUCCCCACACUUGACAACCGGAUGAUGCCUCUACCAUGCAGUGAUGUCAUCAAACCUGGUGCUGUACGGCGGCUAAGGGGCGAGGGUCUGCCAAUCCCCAAAAGCCCAUCCCAGCGGGGCGACUUGGUGGUGGAGUUCCAGGUGCUCUUCCCUGACAGGAUCCCACCCCAGUCACGCGAGAUUAUCAAGCACAGCCUGGGCCAGUGCUAG